AUGGUAGGCCCUCCAGAUCCUGUUUCUAACUUAAGAAGAAUAAUUUUUAAGCAAUCGGCUAAUGAAACUAAAUUAGAGAAAAGAUAUAGGGAAUUACGCAUGGAAGUUCAAGAGUGGAAUCAAAAAUUUUGGACACAACACAACUCAAGAUUUUUUCAGGAACGGGAGGAAUAUUUAAAGAAAAAUUUACCAGAAGGCAAGCAAAAUCUAACAGCGGAUGAAAUGAGUGUUUUCUACAAAUCCUUUCUCGACAAGAACUGGAAGGUUCACAUCACAUAUAAUUUAGAGUGGUACAAAAAGAAUGUAGCAUUAUUAAUAUUAGCCAUACAAGUUAAGCUAAGAAGAUUAUUUAAAUUAAAAAAACCAAACUAA